UAACGUUAGCAACCACGCUGAGAGACUGACAGAGGGGGGAAGCGUUAUCGUUUCAGUGAAGGAUUGCCCUCUGAGAAAAUGUCUGUUAAUACACAACCGAUAUUUAUCUGAGAGACCAAGAGGAGUUGGAAUCACCCGAGAAGAAACGCGUCUUAAUAUAGAGCUGACCUAUCAAUGAGGGAUGCCGCCUGCGUCCAGCUGUGACUGCCCCCACCUGGACUGUGUGGGGGAAAUCACCAAGGAGGAACUUAUUCAGAAAUCCCAUGGCCAGUGUCAAGACUGUAAAGUCCGGGGACCAAACCUGUGGGCCUGUUUAGAGAAUGGCUGUGCGUAUGUAGGCUGUGGAGAAUCCCAUGCUGACCACAGCACGGUCCACUCACAGGAGACAAGGCACAACCUGACAGUGAAUCUGACGACGCUUCGAGUGUGGUGCUAUGCAUGCGGUAAAGAGGUUUUCCUGGAGCGUAAACUGGGUCCUCAUUCUCCCCACGCCAUCGUCAAACCUCUCCCAUUAUCCCAGAGUCCUUUUCAGGAGAACGGCAGGAUCCCUGGGAGUCCGAAUUCUCCACGACUGCCUUCUAAUGCAGGUUAUGAAGACUUGGACAUGGAGACAGAAGAGGAAGAUGACCUGCAGGCCAGAGGUUUAACAGGGCUGAAGAAUAUUGGCAACACCUGCUACAUGAACGCUGCCCUCCAAGCCCUUUCUAACUGCCCACCCUUGACACAGUUUUUUCUUGAAUGCGGUGGCUUGGUGAGAACAGACAAGAAGCCUGCCCUCUGCAAAAGCUACCAGAAGCUGGUGUCAGACCUGUGGCACAAGAACAGACCCUCCUAUGUGGUUCCAACCAACUUGUUCCAAGGAAUCAAAGCCAUAAACCCCAUGUUUAGAGGGUAUUCCCAGCAGGAUUCCCAAGAAUUUCUCCGCUGCUUGAUGGAUCAACUUCACGAGGAGCUGAAAGAGUCUGUGCCGGAGCCCUUCGACCCGUCCAACAGCAUCACCAUGGAUGACGGCCCAGAGGAGGACAACCACAGCCAGUCAGACAACGACUUCCAGUCCUGCGAAUCCUGUGGAAGCAGCGAAAAGGCAGAUAACGAAACGCAAGGCAGUAACGUAGUAAUGGAUUACACCAACGAGGCAGAGAUGCGGAUUCCUGAGCAGGACGAGAUCCAGGCCAACAGGGAGUGGCAGAAGGAGAAGAACAUGAUCAAUGAUCUGUACCGCUCCGGGGGGAACGGUGUUUUGGUGGGAAGCAAUGAGGCCGACGUCGACAAAGACGUUGACACCGCCACAGAAACCACACCCAUUAUCAGUAGCCAAGGAGCCCUCAAGGUCCAAAGCAGAACAUCAGAUUGCUUUUCAGAUAUCCAAAUGUCCAACAUCACAAGACCUCAAAGCCCAGUCGCCAUGGAGGGACAUAUUCCCAAAAUAUCCAGCAGUCCUCCUAAAGCCACCUCUGGGUGGAUGAGCCUAAACCCUACAUACAAGAAAGCUGUCACCACGUUCUCCCCUCCAAAGAACAAACGUCAGAAGAAAUACCGCAGCGUCAUUUCAGAUGUCUUUGAUGGGACUAUUGUCAGCUCAGUUCAGUGCCUCACCUGUGAUCGGGUAUCCGUGACCCUGGAGAACUUCCAGGAUAUCUCGUUGCCCAUUCCAGGGAAAGAGGACCUGGCCAAACUCCACUCGGCAUCCCACCAGACCUCCCUGGUGAAAGCCGGCUCCUGUGGGGAAGCCUACGCUCCUCAAGGCUGGAUAGCGUUUGUUAUGGAGUACAUCAAAAGCUGGUUCUGGGGUCCGGUGGUUACUCUACAAGACUGCCUUGCUGCUUUCUUUGCUCGGGAUGAACUGAAGGGAGAUAACAUGUAUAGCUGUGAAAAGUGCAAAAAGCUGCGAAACGGAGUCAAAUUUUGUAAAAUGCAGAAUUUGCCAGAGAUUCUGUGUAUUCACCUUAAGCGCUUCAGACAUGAGCUAAUGUACUCCACCAAGAUAGGCACCCACGUCUCCUUCCCACUGGAAGGCUUGGACCUGCAGCCUUUCCUGGCCAAAGACAGCUCCGCCCAGACCACCAGCUAUGACCUUCUGUCAGUCAUCUGUCACCAUGGCACUGCCAGCAGUGGCCACUACAUAGCGUACUGUAGGAACGAUCUGAACAAUCUGUGGUAUGAAUUUGAUGAUCAGAGUGUGACUGAGGUGUCUGAGUCCUGCGUCCAGAAUGCAGAAGCUUAUGUUCUCUUUUACAAAAAAAGCAAUGAGGACGCAGUAAAAGAACGUAGGAGGGUGUCGGGAUUAUUGAACAUGAUGGAGCCCAGCCUUCUGCAGUUCUACGUCUCCCGGCAGUGGCUUAACAAAUUCAAGACCUUUGCUGAGCCGGGCCCCAUUUCCAAUAAUGACUUCCUCUGUGUGCAUGGAGGUGUGCCACCUAACAAAGCCUCCUACAUUGAUGACCUGGUGGUGAUGCUGCCCCAGAACGUGUGGGACCACCUUUACAGCAGGUACGGAGGGGGGCCUGCCGUCAACCACCUGUAUGUUUGCCACACAUGCCAGAUUGAGAUAGAAAAGCUGGAAAAGCGGCGCAAAUCUGAACUGGACAUGUUUGUCAGGCUGAACAAGGCGUUCCAGGAGGAGGAGUCUCCGGUGGUCAUAUACUGCAUCAGCAUGCAGUGGUUUCGUGAGUGGGAGGGCUUUGUCAAAGGAAAAGACAAUGAUCCUCCAGGGCCAAUCGAUAACUCCAAGAUAACGAUAAACAAGAACGGACAUUUGAUUCUCAAACAAGGUGCUGAUUCUGGGCAGAUCUCUGAAGAGACUUGGAACUUCCUUCACUCCAUCUACGGCGGCGGUCCCCUGGUGACGGUCCGACCAAGCGUCAGCCACCAAGAAGCAGAAUCCUCGCAGUCUGAAGAGAAGAUCGAGGUGGAGACGCGCUCGGUUUAACAAAGCACUUGAGGGCAGACAAAGAAACAUUCUCGGAAAUAAUAAUAAAAAUAAGCUUUUUAUUUUGCACUUUUAUUUCUAAUGCAUUCAAUCAAAAGACCUCAUCAUCAUCACUGCUAUGUGACAGCCUUUUGACAGAGGGAUUUUACAUGUCUUAAAAGGCUUGCCAUGUUGUAAAAUAUGUAUAAAGCGCUCUUAAAUUUCUAUUAGCACUGUAUAUUUCACAUGUUGGGAUUUUUUUUCCUCAGAAACAAGCAUUUAAAUUACUGUAUGUGCAGCUAAAAAAAAAAACUCUGAAUGCCAUAUUUCUUUUGUUUGUCUUGACCAAAUGAGCACAUAAUGUAUGUCCAUGUGUUGCUAAUAUCGAUGAGUCACAUUCACGUGUGCUGUAUAUAUCACGCAUAAUUCCUCGUAAGAGAAUGGCAAGGAAAGAAGAAAAAAAUGUGACGAUAUCCAAAGGUUAUGAAGGGACUAACUGCUGUCUCAGGAAAGACUUUUGUGUUUUUUUGCACUGUUCUGUAGACAUACAAAUUUGGCAUGCUCUAUGCGGAUGUCUAGUUUGAAAUGAAUGUAUCAGUAAUGAUAACAUGGUCAAAAUUCAGCACUUGAUUAUCACUAGAUAAAUGUGAUCUGAAUGAUCAACUGUUAUUUUUGCAGGAAAUAUCUGGCAGGAGUGUAAUAAACGCAUGCUAAACACGCAA